CCGAGCUCCCGCAAGCAGCAGGCCCCCGAAGUCGUCGACUCAUCUUCGUCGUCGUCGGGAUGGGGCCAGUUCUCCAGGGCCCAGCGCCCCCUGCCCCCGAAGUGGCUCGUGGAUGGCUCCAUCGUCCGCAUUGCCAUGGAGAACUUCUUAACAUAUGAUAUUUGUGAAGUAUCUCCAGGGCCUCACUUGAAUAUGAUAGUUGGAGCUAAUGGAACAGGAAAAUCCAGCAUUGUUUGUGCUAUUUGUCUUGGAUUGGGAGGAAAACCAUCUUUCAUAGGACGAGCAGAUAAGGUUUCCUCCUUUGUGAAGCGGGGAUGUAUCAAAGGCCUGAUUGAAAUUGAAUUGUUCAGGGCUUCCGGGAAUGUUAUCAUCAAACGGGAAAUUCACAAGGCAGCCAAUCAGUCUUUCUGGUUCAUUGAUACAAAGUCCGCAACUCAAAAAGUAGUAGAAGAGCUGAUUGCAGGCCUAAAUAUCCAAGUGGGCAAUCUUUGCCAAUUUCUACCUCAGGACAAAGUUGGGGAGUUUGCAAAACUCAGCAAGAUUGAGCUUCUUGAAGCUACAGAGAAGUCAAUUGGCCCUCCGGAAAUGUAUAAAUUUCACUGUGAACUCAAAAACUUCAGAGAGAGAGAAAAAGAACUGGAGAAUUCAUGUAAGGAGAAAAGCAACUUCCUGGAUAAAAUGAAACAUCAAAAUGAGCGGUAUAAACAAGAUGUGGAGAGGUACUAUGAACACAAGCGUCACCUGGACUUGAUCGAGAUGCUUGAGGCAAAAAGGCCAUGGGUGGAAUACGAACAUGUUCGCAAAGAACACGAAGAGGUAAAACAAAACCGUGACUCCAAAAAAGAAGAGAUUCGAACAUUUAAAGAAGCACAGGUCCCCUUAACACAGAAAAUCAGUGAAAUUGAUCAGCACCAUAAGAACCUGGAAACCCAAAUCAAAGAGACGACAGCAGCUGCCAAAGAAACAUCUCAAAAGUGCAAAGAAAAGCAAGAUGCUGUGGAAAGGAAAGAUAAACAAAUUGAAGAAAGUCAGCAGGCCUUAAAAGUGAAGCAAGUUGAAGAAAUGGACCGUCAGAAGAGAAUCAGCAAUACUCAUAAAAUGAUAGAGGACUGGAAGAGUGAACUUAAAAACACGGGAGACAGUGAGAACCUUCAAGCCCAAAUUGAUUUGAUUAAUAGCGAUUUGAGACGUUUGGAAGCGGAAAAGGCAACAAUUGAUGGUGAAAUAGCUGAUCAGCAAAGUGAGAAAGAAAAUCUAGAAAGAGAAAAACAGAGUAUGACUGAUCAUAUUCAAAGUUUGGAAAACCUGAUGAGUCUGAAGGAAGAGAAGUUAAAAGGGAGAUACCCGGACACAUAUAAUGCUAUAACGUGGUUAAGAAAGAACAAGGACAGGUUUAAACAGAUGGUCUGCGAACCCAUGAUGCUUUUGAUCAACAUGAAGGACAAUAGAAAUGCCAAAUAUGUUGAAAAUCACAUUUCAGCCAAUGAUAUGAGAGCCUUUGUAUUUGAAAAUCAAGACGAUAUGGAGACAUUUCUCCAAGAGGUACGUGACAAUCAACAUCUGAGAGUCAAUACUGUAAUUGCUCCCAGUAGCUCACAUGCAUCCAAAACGCCAUCAAGAUCUCUGGAAGAGCUGCGGCGAUAUGGAUUUUUCUCUUUCUUGCGAGAAUUAUUUGAUGCUCCUCAGCUUGUGAUGAGUUAUCUUUGCUUCCACUAUAACAUUCAUGAAGUCCCUGUCGGAACAGAUAAGACCAGGGCUAUGAUUGAACAGGUUAUACAGGAAACCAACUUGAAGCAAAUUUAUACAGCUGAAGAAAAGUACUCACUGAAGACUUCUUUGUACUCAAAUAAAGUUAUUUCCAGUAACAUAGCCCUAAGAGGGGCACAGUUUCUCACCGUUUCUGUGGAUGCUGAGAAAAAAAAAUAUUUGGGAAGACAAUUACAGGAAAUUGAUAGAAAAUUGCAAAUACUAGAUUCAGCAAUAAAAACAUUGCGGGAGAAGCUCAGUUGUAUGGAACCCAGAGGCAAUGAACUCCGGUUGCAAAAGAAAGAACUUCUUGAAAGAAAAACAAAGAAGAGACAGCUGGAACAAAAAAUUAUGUCCAAGCAGACUAGUUUAAGUCUGAUGGAACAGGAUGUCUUCAACCUUGAAGAGGCGCAGCAGGAGACAAAUGCCAAAAUCAGAGAAAUUAACGUCCAAAAAACAAAACUCGUUUUUGAACAAGCACAGUUGAUUAAGACGUGCUUGAAAUUGAACAUCCGUAAGAUAAACUUGUUUCUUCAGAACACGAAUGUGAUCUCUGAGAAAAAUAAAGUGGAAGCUGAAUAUAAAGCAAGAAGCUCACAACUUUAUACAUUAGAGCGACAGUAUGUUGUCUUGGAAGACAAGAAACGAAAAUUAUUGGAAAAGUGUAGGGAACUUCUAAGGAAAGCUAAGAAUGUGUGUAACCUCAGCCCGGAACAAUCCAUUCCUGUGGAAUAUCAGGCAGCUUUCCAAGAUCUCCCAAACACAUUGGAUGAAAUUGAUGUUUUAUUAGCUGAAGAGAGAUCAAGAGCUUCCUGCUUCACAGGCCUAACUGCUUCGGUUGUUGAAGAAUACAGGAAGAGAGAACAGGAAAUACAGCAGUUAACUGCACAAGUGAAGAAAUGUGAAGGUGAAUUGGAUGAUUAUAGGCAAAAUAUUACCCAGGUUAAAGAAAGGUGGCUUAUUCCUUUGAAACAACUGAUAGGAAAAAUAAAUGAAAAAUUCAGCAACUUUUUUAGUUCCAUGCAAUGUGCUGGCGAAGUUGAUCUCCAUACAGAAAAUGAGGAAGACUACGAUAAAUACGGAAUUCGAAUUAGAGUUAAGUUUCGCAGUAAUAGCCAGUUGCACGAACUGACUCCCCAUCAUCAGAGUGGAGGCGAGAGAAGUGUUUCUACCAUGCUGUACUUGAUGGCCCUGCAGGACCUCAAUAAGUGUCCAUUCAGAGUGGUGGAUGAAAUAAAUCAGGGAAUGGACCCGGUAAAUGAGAGGAGAGUAUUUGAUAUGGUUGUGAAGACUGCCUGUCAGGAAAGCACCUCUCAAUACUUCUUAAUUACCCCAAAGCUUCUGCAGAAUCUCACUUAUGCUGAGAAAAUGACAGUGUUGUUUGUCUAUAAUGGUCCUUACAUGCUGGAGCCUAGCAAAUGGAAUUUAAAGGCUUUCCGUAGAAGGCGAAAGCGGAUGGAAGGUAACCCACUGGAUCAGUAAUGAAAUCCGAGGCUUUUGGACUUUUGCCGUAAAACUGUUUCUCAUUCAACAGCUCUGUAAUUAUAAAGAGGAUGCUUGCUUAGAUGCAGUGAGUCAUUUAGUUUUGGAAACCUCAUGUCAAAUAGAGUUGGUUUGAUAAAUUUGAAACUUUGGAGUUAAUAUUCCUUCUCUGAAAACUGGUGGGUAGUCAAAAUUCUUGUUAAAUCUGGUUCCCUAAUGCCAUGGUGUUGGGUUAUUGAGUUUUCCCAAGGUAUUAUAUCAGGUGAUAUAACCCAUAAAUUAUCGAGGGGGUGGUUGGGGACCGUCUUCAAGAAUUUUGAUUAACUUGAUAACCUUGAGAAAUUAGUGUAGAAAAGACUUUGAAUCACUGUUUGAACUAGAACUGCCUCUAAACUUUUUACCAGUAAUCAUGUUUAAUUGAUAAGGAAAGAGUCGAGGUAAAGGUUUUGCCUUGAAUAUGCUAACAUGACUUUGUACAUCUACACCUGUAUAUAUAUCUUCCCCCCAAAAUUUGAGAUUUGGGUCUGAGGUCUCCGAUUUCUGACAGAAUGAAAUAUUCUGUUUUGAAAAUCAUAGAGGAACUUUUUUUAAAGAGCCACAAGGUGGCUACUGGGGGUUGAACAAAACAAGACUAAAAAGGACAAUUCUUUGGACUAAAAAAAGCAAAGAAGAAUUAUGGGUGUUUUGUACAAAAUGAACUGUUUUUCAUCUUCUAAAAUUGUUUAGUUUUUUUAUAAGAAAUGUAUAUUUUUCUAACUCCUGAAUAGGAAGGUUAACAAGCACUCAUUCUCAUUUCUAUCUGCAAUUUCUCAGUACUUUAAAACUCAUUAGUUUAAAACCUGAAGACAUUUUUUAAACUUCCAAUUAUGGUAUUUCUAGAACAUUUUCAGUCAGUCCAGUGCACUUGAUAUCUACAGCAUCUAAUCAUUCCUUUCAUUUUUGUUUUCCACUAAAGAAAUCAGUUCAUCAUUAAACUCUUAUUCCAAUCGAUAAUAUGAAACAAAUUCUGCCCCAUUUAAAGUACAUAAUGUAAGGAACUAAGUUUACUCCAAAGACUGCCCCUCCUUUUUUUUUUUUUUUUCCCCCUGACUGUAGGUUUGAAUCUGGCAGCAGUGGCCAAGUUCUCUUCUGAUUGGCCUGGCCUGUCUGAAAUAAGUAAUUGAACUGAGUCUAAAAUAUAACCCACAGAAUUAACAUUCUCCCUAAAAGGCUCAAAAACUGAGUUUAUCCUGUUUCUUAGAGGUUUUCUUUGGAAUAUAACCAUUUGAACAUAUUAAAUGUGUUACUGUUAAAAAAAAUUAUGGGAAGCAUCUUUUUUUCUU